AUGAGCACUGACGAGGUGUCUCGCAUGUUCCUGCCACAGCGCAAGACUGUGCAGAGGAGCAGCUCAUCUUCAUCCCUUUCAUCCACCAGUUCUUCCUCCUCGACAGUCACCCUCACACAAAAUGACACUUCUGGCGAGGCAGGACAUGGAUCAAAGAAAAAAGCAAGAGGCGGGUUUUGGCCGGUGUCGAAAUCGGAAUCCACAUCCAGCGUGUCGAAUGCCCGUGCAAAUGGCUCACUUCAGACGGCCAUCGGAAAUUCACUCAUGGGGGUGAAGAAUGCGGUGCAACCCGCCCUUCCCAGUCAGAGCCCGACCAAUGCAACUAACGGAACCCGGGUCGUGAAUGGACAAUCUGCGGCUGAAUCGGGCGCGAUAUUGGCCUUGUUACCUAUGAAUGGCACUUUUGAAAGGAAGCAGAUCAGUCUGCCUUUCUACCCGGAAGUCCUACGCAUUGGGAGGCAGACGAAUGCCAAGACCAUGCCAACUCCUGUGAAUGGUUAUUUUGAUUCCAAAGUCUUGUCACGGCAACAUGCAGAAGUUUGGGCCGAUCGGAAUGGAAAGGUCUGGAUUCGGGAUGUGAAAUCAUCCAACGGGACAUUUGUGAACGGACAGCGACUCUCCCUGGAAAAUCGCGAAUCUGACCCGCACGAACUUCGGCAGCAUGACACCCUAGAGCUGGGGAUUGAUAUUGUGAGUGAGGAUCAGAAGACCAUUGUCCACCACAAAGUAUCUGCCAAGGUGGAAUACGUCGGUCUUCCUGGAGCCUCCAACAACGUUCUUGACCUCAGCUUUGGUGACCUCGAUCCAUCACAUGGGGGUGCACUGCUGCCGUCGCCCGUGAGUUCACCUAUGAUGCAUUCACGCAGUCGCUCUGGCGGCUCGGCAACCGGUGGACGCCUAUCGGCCCCAGCUAGUGUUGCGGGAAGUCAGAUGAGCUCCGUGGCCCAACAACGACAAAUGAAUUUCUGGGGGGCGCCGUUGAAUAUCGAACAGCUGGUCAAAACGCUCACAUCUGAAAUGCGCACAGCCAAGCAGCAGGCAGAAGAACUCGAGCAAGCAGGCUCAUUUUUAAACUCAAUCUUGACCCCAGGAGGCGAACCUCCCAAGCUUCAACCGCAGGCGAAAGAAACGGCUGCUCAGAAACAAUCCAAUGGGCGGUCCAAGGCAUCAAAGUUGGACCAUGCCGCCCGCUUCGCCGACCCACCUGCACCACCACCGCAGCAGCCUUUACCUGAGAAGCCUGACAGCUCCAAAGCGAGUCCAGUCACAACGUCAUUUACAAAUCUUCUGAAAAGAAGUGAUACCGCCAGGCCGCCCAACAGCUCUACUCAGUCCCCAACAAACCCUCCAAACAGUCAGAUGUUAGCUUUGAUUGAAGCGCUGUCGAUUGCCAAGAAAGAACUUGAUUCUCAAGGAGCAAGAGUUAAACAGUUGGAAGAUAUGCUCAAACAGGAGCGCUCAGCAAGAGAGGACGCUGAAGAGCGAGCCCGCAGGCUGGAGCACACCACUGCGGCCCGACCCGUGUCGGUGGUGCAGGAACAGCCGGAACCCGUUGUAGAGACGGGGCUUGCCAUGACUCCGGUCAAUCAAUCUGAAGAGCGCGAGAGGAGCGAUGAAGCCGAGGACAGGACCAAAAGUCUCGAACAAAAUCUAGAACAAGUCUUGGGAGAGAUGCAAAGACUGAAAACAGACAUGGACAACUUCCAACGACGUGCCGAGACCGCGGAAGCGGACGCGACGAAUGCGAGAAAGAGUCUCGCGGAGAUGAUCAACAAACUCCGGGAAGAAAAUGGGAAAGAAGAGGCGUCUCCUAACAAAUCCCGGGAUCGACGCCUUCUGUCGGAGAAGGAUGACGAUGCCGUCGUGGUGGUCGCCGACGAAGCUGGAUCCAACCUGACUUCCAAAGCGAAACGGCCAUUACAGGGCAACGGCCACAUUCGAGCGCCGAGGCUACCAGCUCAUCUCGAGCGGGCGGUCGCUACUGUACUGAAGGACAGAAGUGGCCAUGAGGAUUCCCUCGCUCAGUCGGCGCCGUAUGUCUCGAUGCUAGGAGUGGUCCUGAUAGGGGUUGGGCUGAUGGCUUACCUUAAUUCCUGGCAGAAGUCAGAAAGAUGA